AUGGCCAGCGUGUUUGGGGGCGCUUACCUCUGCGAGAGCAGCUUCUCGACGCUGGAGCGCAUCAGGUCAGAAGAGGGAAACAGGCUGACCCAUGAAACGCUGUUCCGGCUCAUGCGGACUGGAUGCACAAACACUGACAUUGACACCCAGUCUAUUGUACGCCUGCGAGGAGAGGCCCCACCUGAUGGGCGGUGGGCGUUCUGGUGCAAAAGGGCUGCCGUGCACCACCCAGGUGGUGCAGCACCACGCAGGUGGUGGUUGAGGCUGCGCAGUCGAAACCACCCGGCUCAACAUGCCCACUACACACUUCUGUACUCUUGGGUGACGCUGGAGCUGAGUGACAACCGGAUAUCGGGCGGUCUGGAGGUCCUGGCGGAGCGCUUGGUGAACCUAACGCACCUCAACCUCAGUGGGAACAAGUUCAAAGACAUCAGCACCUUGGAACCCCUGAAAAAACUCCCGCAGCUGAAGAGUCUCGACCUGUUUAACUGUGAGGUGACCAACCUGGCAGACUACCGGGAGUCCAUCUUUAAGCUCCUGCCCCAGCUCACCUACUUAGAUGGCUACGACAUCGAUGACUGCGAGGCCUCUGACUCCGACGGAGAAGGAGAUGGAGUGGAUGAUGAAGAUGAUGAAGAGGGCGAGUCAGAAGACUUUGAGGAAGAGGAGGAAGAGGAUGACGAGGAGGUGAUCAUUGAGGAGGACGAUGACGAUGACAGCGGAGAGGAUGAGGACGGAGAAGUGAAUGGAGAUGUUGACAGUGAGGAAGAUGACGAUGAAGAUGAAGAUGAGGAGGAUGAAGAUGAAGACUCUUCUCCAGCAAAAGGGGAGAAGAGAAAGCGAGAACAUGAUGAAGAUGAUGAAGACGAUGACUGAGAUGGAUGGCGACUCUGCAGCUCCCCUGCCCCUCAACCUUAUAACCUUUGACCUCAUGACCCCCUCCCACUGCUACCCUCUGCUAGUGUCCUGUCGGGCUGCGUUCCAUUCCUUUAAGUGCUUUUCUUCGGCACCCUUGUCCACUUUUCCACCCAUCUAAGCCAGCAAGUAAGGGUUCCGCCCAUGCGAUGGAGGGAUGAUGUGGUUGCCAAGGACACACCACCCUCCCAUAUGUUUCCCAUGAUGUGAGCUGAUUUCCCUUUGGAUUUAUUUCCCCUUUCUGAUUAUUCAAGGCUUUUUGUCCUAAUUCUCACUCUGUUAUUCUAUAUUUAGUCAAAGCUGUUUUUUUUUUGUUUUUUUUUUUAAUUCGUUCAAAUGCUUCCUGACCGUCGGUCAAUAGAAGCCCCAGUAGUUUUACUCCCUUAAUGACGGCACUACAGUUCAGAUGAACUGAUUCAACCUUCUUUGAAUUUCUUAGCCAGAUUAUUGAGCAUGCAUCAAGAUACAGUUCAUCAGAUACACUGGUCUUCACGAAGUGGGUUGACACAUUGAGCCACACCAGAUUACGCGAACCAAUCACAUCUCCAAUCCACAGUAACAGACGUGACUUUUACUCUUCUUUAACAUCAGUGUCGAAGGUGGGAUUUUUUUUUUAACUCGUAUGACUAUGUCCAUCUCCACAAAAAUAACUGCUCUGCCUUUGUAUGGAUCCGUCAGCCUCUUCUUUUUCCCACCUCUUACCGUUGCUUGUCCGCAUGUUGUGGUUUCUAACAACACGCGAGCCCAACUCCCUCUCCAGCUGGUUUUGGAGAUCUUUUGGCGAUAGAGGGCAAAAUCUGAUAUCUGAAUUUUGUUGUCGACCCAGCCUCGACGUUUAAACAUCCUCAGACGCUCACCUGGUGUGUUCCACAGAUGCAACGAACAGAAUCCUUGCUGACGGUAACAAUUCUAUCCAGGAAGUGGGUCAGAAAACAGGCUGACUUAAGGGCCGAGAACCAAGUCACGCCUGUCCAGUUUCGAUGUCAUCCGUUUAAGGAGACUGGCGAGGUCUCCUGGAAUGAAAUGCCACUUUGGAAUGGAACAUGCCCGACAGACUCUGUUAACCCCCACCCCCGUUUGUCCAGUUGGAAGGACUUGUUGCCUUGUUUGUAUGAUCUCCUCUCCGCACCCCUUCUCUGACAUCAUCACUGUGGGACUGAACCAGCAGCUCCAUGUCCUAACCAUGUCUCGCAGCGUCAGCCGACAGUUCGGUGGUGGCGGUCUGUGAUGUCAGCGCGGGGCAACACUUUUUUUGCCAACAGAGCUUUUUAAAAGAAAUAUUUUUUCAGAGGAAUUUUAUUUUUUUUAUGUGGUUAUAAGGGGACAGUCUUUCUUUCUUUCUUACGUCGACCUCCGUUUGGCUUGUGUUCCUCAUACCAGCUCCUCUCCCAUCUGUCUUUGAGACGUUCUCCUUCGUUGAGAGCGAGCAGUUGUUCCCUUACACUGACUAGCUGGGUUUUUUUUCUUUCGUUUUUUUUUUUUCCGUUGUUGUUGGGUUUUUUUUUUUUUUUGGUUUUUUUUUACUUUCUGUAAGUUAAAGGAAAAUUGAACAAAAAAUGUACAAAAAUGAGCUUUGUAAAUAAAAUCUUAACUUUUUG